AUGAACCUUCCUUCCCUUCUUGUGUUGCAGUCGGUCGGACCAGAAGAAGAAGGAACUCAUCGAACAGCCCCCUGGAGUGUGACACCCCUCCUUAUGACCUCCCAGCCAUCGCCGGAGAUUAACACCCUCCCUUUCUCUCGAUUGCCAGCCAACAUCAGAGUUUCCUUGCGACUUCGACUGUACAUUCCUUACCCAAUCGUUGGAGAUGGAGAUGAACUGCAACCGAUUACUAUUUUCGUCUUCCUCCCUCGAUCGGUGCUCGUUGAUCAGCCACAAACAAUCACCCCAUCGUUUCCUCUUUCCGUCCGCAUCAAUUUCCCUUCCAGAUCUAAAGAAGACGAAGCCCCCCCCCCCCCCCCAUUUUUAUAUAUUAACGAUAUAAUGAAGACGAUUAUUCAAUCUGAUACCUAA